UGGAAACACGCCACUCGCUCGGACCGCUGUAACUUUGGCUCUAUGGCUGACUGGAUGUAAGCCAUCUUCUCGGCUCCAAAAAAUUGCGAUGCAGUCGGAGCUCACCUGAGCUCACCUCAACACUUCUUAACAGCUUUUUGGAUGGGAUAGAAGCAUGCAUUUCUCCCGGCUAUUCUCAAAAUAUUCUGCGAUGUGGACGAUCUGCACUUUUCUGCUGGCGUGUUUGUGCGUCGUUUGCUUGGGAAACCCGCACAAAUGCGACGAAGUGCGCAAGGUUUUUCAGCUUCGGCAAAUUGGACCCAACCAGAUGCUGCCUUUAAGUCCCAGGCCAGGCUCAGAUCUUCAAGUAUGCAAGUCUAAAAGCCAAACCUGCUGCACCAAAAAGAUGGAGGAGAGAUACCAGGUAGCGGCACGGAGGGACAUUGAAAACCUCCUUCAGACUUCUAGCUCCAGCCUAAAGUUUCUCAUCUCGCGCAAUGUGGCUGCUUUUCCAGGAACAUUUGAGGUUUUGAGGAGGCAGGCAGAGAACCAUACCAAUGCCCUGCUGCAGGAGUCCUACGGCAACAUGGCAGAUCAGGCAGAAGGUCCUGUGCGGGAACUCUUCACUGACAUUAGUCUGUUCCUGCUUGGGUCUGAGCUCAACGUUGAGGAUUUUGUCCAAAGAUUUUUUGAUGCCCUCUUCCCGAUGGUAUACCAUCGCUUCAUCAACCCAGGCCUCAGUGACCUAUCAGCAGGCUACACCGAGUGCGUAAGGUCAUCGAGCCGUGAUGUGAGGCCAUUCGGUGGGGCGGCAGUUUUACUGGCGGAUCAGAUUGCUCGCUCUGCGUUUUCUGGCAAGGUUCUCCUCCAAGCUUUGCACCUCGGCAUUGAAGUCAUAAAUACCACAGACCACUUGCAGUUGAGCCGCGAGUGCAGAAAGGCCUUGCUUAAGAUGCAUUACUGUCCCCACUGCCAGGGCUUAACUCAGUCCAAGCCCUGCAUGGGCUACUGCCUCAACGUGAUGCGGGGCUGCUUGGCAAGUAUGGCUGAGAUUGACAUCCACUGGAGGGAGUUUGUCCACUCACUAGAGGACUGGUCAGCUCGGACGCACGGGCUGCAGGAUUUGGAGCAAGUGCUUCUGGGAAUUCAUACACAACUGCACGACGCUCUUGGACAUGCUCAAAGAAAUGGACCCCGUAUUUCAGCACAGGUGCACAAACUGUGUGGGCCAUCCAGCAGGAAGCCUGUGCAGACAGCCAGCAGCCAGCUCAGCAGCAAAGAAUCCUUCCACCUUCAAACUGCAACCAAAGCGUUGGGCGUCUCACUCGCUGUCAAAACAAGGGACUUUCUGAAUAGUCUCCGUCUCUACCGGACGUACUAUGGUGGCCUUGCGGAUCAGUUGUGUGUCAGUGAGCUGGCCUCUGACGACGGGCUAUCCUGCUGGAAUGGAACCGACAUUGUGAAAAGCUACACUCUACGCGUGGUGGGAAACGGUAUCAAGGCUCAAGCUGCGAACCCUGAGGUCAAAGUGAAAGGAGCUGACUCCGUGAUCCAUCAAAUCAUUGACAAACUAAAGCAUAUCAAUCAGCUGCUCCAAGGAAAAUCCAUUCCUAAACUGGGGACGUUGGACCAAAUUGAAACAGGAAGCGGGAAUGCAGAAGGACUGUACAGCGGCGACUGUGAUGAUGAGGAUGGCUGUGAUGGGUCAGGUGGUGGACAGAUCAAGAAGAACAUCCAGAGAGUCUCCAAAUUGAAUCCUGAUGUGUCCAGUGAUCACAAUCAUCAUCAUCCACCUGUAAAGGAUUACAAGGUGAAGGUCCCAUCCAGGAGCAUGAGACUGACUGGAUGCAUUGUUGUCACGAUGAUGCCUUGGUUACAUGUGCUCCUGACACUAUAAUGGUUGAGGCAUUCAACCUCAAACUUGAUUCUAACCUUAUUUAUCAAAGGAAGACAUACAGUAUGACGCUGUGAUAUGGAAUAGAGCACCAGUUCCAUACAGUGCAGGACACAGGAUUUUUAACAACGUGGAAACAUAAAGACAUAUUCUCCUGCUUUUAUGAAUAGAAGAUUAUUUUGUAAAGUGCCAAUUUAAUCAAUAUUUAUGUUAACAAUAACUAUAGCAUAUUUUGUCAAAUGUAUUGAUUUAACUGUAUGUCUGCACACAAAAUACAUGGCCAGUAGAUAUACAAACACGCAGAAACAUCCUUGCUCUUAAUUGAUGUCUACACAGUAGAGGGUUAUUUUAAAUUUAGAAAUAAUCAGAUUUUAGAGACUCUUUAAGAUUGGUACUUUCAGAGUCAGUAUAAGUGGCCAAAUUCUAUGCAUUUUGCUUAUAAUUUACGGUAACCUUUUACCAGCACAUUUUAAAUAUACACUGUGUAAUUGUUAUAUUUAAAUUGUAAGGAUGAUGGCAUGAUGGAGGGACAGAAAAGUGGAAAUACAUGUAUUUAUUUUUAUUUUUAAAAUAGAUUUAGAAAUAAAUUAAUUUCCGCAGUCUUUCACACCCCAGGAGGGAGCCGUUACCUCCUGGAGUAUCUUCAGCCAGUUACUUGACUAUACACACAUAUGCAAUAUGUACUGUAGAUUGUGAGCUGCUGGGAUGUUUGCCUACAGAGAAACAGGAAAUGAUUUGUUUCACAAAUGCCAUGCAUGUUUGGUGAAAGGCUGGGAGAAUUUUGCUGUACAGUAUGAGACAUGCACUCUUUUGCUCACACUGGAUGUCCAAGGGAGGAUAAGUGACAAUAAUAUGACAGAAAACACUGAGUAACAUUAUUAGCAUCCAAAAUGUCAAUGAUAACAGAAACAUAUUUUAUAUGUAUAUUAGCUGCUUUUGUUGGAGUGAUGACAAAAAAAUAUAUUGUGCCCUUUUAA